AUGACUACAACAUUAGAUAUAUCGAGCACAAUAACGUCAACAUUGCUUGUAACUCAAACACAGGUUGUGAAAGGUAUAAUGGAUCUCUAUGUGGAUAAGUCCAUAAAUAAUGGUAUUACAUUAGAUGCUAAAGAUACAGAUCCAAUAUCAACAGUUUCUACAAUAAGAACAGCAUCUACAACAAAAGGGCCUUUAGCAUCAGCUGCCGCUUCACAUAUGGGUAUUGGUAGUAACUUGUUCUCUGAUGCUUCAAGUGAAUCAAGUAGUGAUAAUUCUAAAAUUGGUCUAGCAAUAGGUAUACCAAUUGCAAUUGUUGGUAGUAUAAUUAUUGUGGUUGUCUUAUAUCUUUACUUAAGAUAUAGAAGAAACAGUUCAAAGGAUAAAAAUGAUCAAUUACAGUCAUAUUAUGAUGAAAAAUAUAAUUAUAGAAUAAGUCCUGUUCAAAACUCAUCACCAUUAAACUUAAGAACAACUUAUCAGAUUAAAACUGAUUCAUUACAAUCUCAACAACAACCUUAUCCAUCACAAUUUGACGCACAAUCAUCAACUAUAGUACCUAAUACAUACUCUAUCCCAUCAAUAAAAAAUAUACCACAAGGACAAGAUAAUAAUACAAAAUGGCAAACACCAAUUCAAAAAUGGUUUAAUUUAACUAAAAGUGCAGUUUCAAGUAGAGCAAGUUUAAGUACAGGAAUCUUUUCACCAAGAACACCAGGAAUACCUUUACGUGAAUUCAAUCUCAAGAAACAAUAUCCACAUAAUGAUAAUGAUGAAGAUAUGGGACAAUAUAAUGAAAAAUCGCCAAUUCUACCAAGUUUCCCAGAAAAAUCAUAUAUGGGUACAAAUAAUUAUUCAACUCCAAAACGUCUAAAAGAACAGCAUCAUACACCUUCUAAUUCAAUAGAAUCAAGUCCAAAUGGAAGUAUAAGGACACAAGUGGUUCAAGCACAUGAUACAACAAGACGUGAAGUUGUUAAUUUACAACAUCCAUUACAAAACCCUAAAACUCAAAAAGCUUUAAAGAAUAAAGCUACUAUGAAUAACAAUACUGGUAAACCAUUACCAAAAGUACCAUCAACUGUUUCAGAACAUUCAAUCAAAAGUCUUGUUGGAUUAGAACAAGUUGUUUUGGAACGUAUGAUUCCAACAACACCAAUGGUUGAUUUUGCUAAGUAUAAGAAUAAUAAGAUUUAUAAAGUUUCUCAAAGUUAUGAAAGAAAUUUAGCAGAUGAAUUAUCAAUUAUUAAAGGUGAUUUAGUUAAAAUUUUAGCAAGACAUACUGAUGGUUGGUGUCUUGUUGAAAAAUGUGAUAAAGAUGGUAAUGCAUUAUUUCAAAAUACAAAUAGAUAUAUUAAUGAUGGGAGAGGUGUUAUACCUGAAUUAUGUUUACAAGGAACAGUCGAAUAG